AUGGAAUUUACAAACUAUAAAUAUUUUAACCAAGUUUUUGAAUAUAUCACAAAAAACUAUCAAAAUAAAACAAAUGAUUUUUUAAAAAAUUUAAAAAAUUCAGAAAAUGAAACAUUUAAUAAAUUACUAGUUUCAAUAAUUAGGGAAAAACUAUUACCAUUUAUUAAUGAUGAAAUAAAUUUAAAAGAAAAUCAAACAAAUAAUUUUAAAUUUAAUUGUGGUGAUAAUAGUAUUAAAGAAAUUAGUUUUGAAAUUGAAAAAGUUUUUGGAUUUUCAUUUUUUACAUUUAAAAAACCAAUAUAUUAUAAUUAUUACACUGAAAGAAAUCAAACAAUUUUAAAUUCAACAUUAGAAUUAAUUGAAAUUUUAAAACAGAAUCCAUCAUUUAAUGAUAUUGAAGUAUUUAAAAGUGAAAUUGUAAAUAGUAUUACCAAUAUGGCAUUAAUUACAACACUAUGUUCUGAUGAUUUAAAUAAAAUCAAAAAAUUAUCAAUUGAAAAUAAUUGGAAUUAUUUAUCAGAUUAUGUCGAUGCCCAAUUUAAAAAAGAUAAAACAUUUGAUAAAUUUUUAUUUUAUGAUCAAAUUCAUCUUAGUGGUCAUCAUAUUCAUCCAAGUUUUAAAUUAAGGUUAGGUUUAAAUCAUAAACAAGUAAUUCAAUACUCUUAUGAAUUAAAAAAAGAAAUACCAAUUAGAUUCAUUGGUUUAAAUAAAUCAGUGGCAAGAUUUGAUAUGAUCAAUGAUGGUGAUGGUAAUGGUGAUGGUAAUGGUGAUGAUAAUCCAACAAGUUAUUUUUUUAAAUUAUUUCCAAAUUUAAAAGAAUUAAUAAUAAAUUACUUUAAAGUAAAUCAAGGAUUAAAUAUUGAUAAUUAUAUUAUUUAUCCAAUGUUUCCAUAUCAAAUAACUGAUACAUUUCCAAUACAAUUUAAAAAUGAAAUUGAAAAUAAAGAAUUAAUAAUUAUACCAGAGGAAUUAUAUUCAAUUAAAUCAUUUCAAACUUCAUCAUUAAGGAAUUUAAUACCAGUAAUUGAAAAUAAUAAUAACCCACCACAUAUUAAAUUUUCAGUACCAAUUCAAACUACAAAUUUCGUUAGAUUUAUGCCAAAUGAUUUUAUACCAGUUGGUACAUCAGUUUCAAAAAUUUUAAAAAGAAUUAAAGAAAUUGAAUUUGAAAAUUUUAAUAAUAAAAUUGUAUUUUUAAAUGAAAUUGGUGGAAUUUAUCAUAAAAAUGAUACAGAAUUAAAAUAUCAAAAUUUUGCAAUAAUAUGGAAAGAAAAUACAAAUUUAUUUUUAAAAUCAAAUGAUGAUCAUCCAAUUAGUUCUUGUUCAUUAUUUAAUCAAUCACCAAUUUGUGAAUCUUCAAAAUUACAAACAAUUUUGGGUGAAAUUAUUAAAAAAUAUAAUGAAUUUAAUAUAAGUAGUAGUAGUAGUAGUACUAUUAUUUCCAAUGAUGAUAUUGAUCAUGAUGGUUUUAAAAAUUCAAUUUUAAAUUGGUUUAAAUUAUAUUGUAAAUUAUUAAUUGAACCAAGUUUAAUUUUAUUAACAAAGUAUGGUAUUUCAUUAGAAUCUCAUUUACAAAAUUCAGUUUAUGUUUAUGUUAAAGGUGAACCAAAAUUAUUAAUUUUAAAAGAUUGGUCUGGUAUUGUAAUUAAAAUGGAUAGAAUUUUAAAACAUAAGCAAUUAAUUGGUGAAAACUUAAUAAACUCAAUUCCAAAGUUAAUUCAAUUAUCAGAUUUAGAAUUUUAUAAAAUGUUUUCACAUUCAAUUUUACAUAAUCAUAUUUGUCAAAUUAUAAUUGGAAUUUGUAAAGAAUUUCCAAAUCAUAUUACAGAGACUCAAUUAUGGUUUGAAUGUUAUCAAAUAAUGAAAAAUACUUUUAAUUUAAUUAAUAAUCAAGAUAUUAGUAGUAAUGGUAGUGGUGGUAGUGAUAGUGGUAGUGGUGGUACUUUUAAGAAUGAUAUUGAAAAUGAUGAAAAUGAAUUAUUUAAAAAAGAAUUAAAAGUUAAAGCACUUACUGGAAUGAGAUUAUUAACAAAAAAUCAAAUUUUAUUACCAUUUAAUGUUAAAAAUCCUUUAAAUCAAUUUAUUUAA